UAUUUGGAGAGCACGGAGCGGCCGCAGAUAUUGAGCGCUUAAUAUUAGAAGAGCAUCAUGUAUAAAAAGUCUGCGCGAGGUCGCUCACGAUUGUUUCUGGGUCAAUUCGAUAGUCAUUGUCUUUGCAGCGUCGACUUUUUACUGUUUACAUGCCCCUUAGGGGUCCUCAUCCUUCGCGUCCAACGGGAAAAUAUAUACUUCAGACUGUUUGUCUCUUGUUUAAGUGAUUGAUAUCGAUUUAUCGCUCCACGAUUCGAAUGGCUUCAAGCUCACGAGACCGUCCCGUAAGGAUAGUUGACGAGGACGGAUACAAAUUUUACGCCAUCCCUCGAACCCAUUUUUCGAAACCCGAGCACUCUACAUAUGGACAACAGAUUAUCCCAAAGUACCGCUGCGAGGAGCUUCUGAGGGAUGCGCCUCUACCGACGCACAACAGAACCAAUGGCAAACGGCCACAUGCACACUAUGACUCGGAGUUGCUUUUUGCGAACGAACGAGCCCAAUUGGGAAUUUUUCCUGGAGUCCACGUUCCAAAUAGAUACAAAGAUCAAGGCCCCCCACGGCUAUGGGCUUAUCCAGCACAAGAGUUCGAUUAUGAACAUCAAGACAAAUUUGGACAUGACCAUCAUAGAACCCCUGGCCCACAUAGGAUCAUUACAGAUAAGGACAAGAACAUACAAGGUCUUGUUACACAUCCAGUUGGAGAUCCGAUUGGAUUUGUUCGUGUACAUGAAAGUGUACGGCGCGUACCAACUCCACCACCUCCACCACCUUUGCCAUCAAGCCGCAGAUACUACAAUCCAGAGCCAAGAACUAUAGAGAGUGUGCGAUACAGACCACGUUCACCGCCGAGCCGAUUAUACAGCUACAGAUAUCAGUGAUGGUAAUUGACAAGGAGUCGAUCAUUUCCUACUUAGCUACCUUAUGUUUGUUUCUUUACUACUUUAGCUUGUUGUUAUUGUCUUUCUUUUGUCAUUGUUAUGCUAUAUAAGCUAUGGGCUCUGUUGCGGACAGAACACUAUUUUAAUGCAAGCGUUAAACGAGAGUACUUUUCUUAGUUCAGUAAAGCAUAC